AUGUGGGCUCUAGGAGACUUACCCGAGCCACCAGGCACAAAAUCAAUCUUGUCUAAUCUUCACUUAGGGCACCAUCUUUUGCCCUGCUCUUUACCUACUACAAGACUGCUCAUUGAAUUGCAUCCAAAUCGAGGAACUGAGGUCUGUUUCGCUAGGAUGUUAAGGAGAGGAGUCAUUGGAAGAGCCCAGCUUGGAAUUUCAUCAUGGCUCUUAGUAGUUGACCAGAUUCUCAAAGUUCCAUCCUGCCAAUUGCUCAAAUGGAAAAAGACUAGAAUUUCAGUCAAAAAUCUUAUCAAGCCAAGUAUGCAUGCUGCGUUUCGAACUCCAAAAAUUUUCGCAGUGUGGGGAAAGCACAACAGAUUUAUUGUCGUGCUCAAGCGCUUUUAA